AAUAUCAUAAUAAAAUUGAAAAUAAAGUGAAAAGCAUGGAAGGAUCGAAGAGAGAACAAGAAAACUUUAUAAAGCCAAGCAAAGCAAGAAGGGAAUACGAGCAGAUUACCUCGCAGCGCAGAAACCUCUCAUUUAUAAAUUUUUCUCCAUUCCUAUGUAAGCAUCCUUCUUAACUUUUCAUCUUUUUGCAUCCAAACUUUUGCUCUGAAACUCCAAAUCCAGCCUCUCCUUCAUUUUGGUCUUUGGGUUUCGCUAUUUUUGUUUUUCUGGACUCUGAUACUUGGGAAGAGACAGAAAGGAAGGACAUACUAUGGAGUCUUUAACUUUUGGGCAUGAACAUCUACUGGUACUGUUGAAUGAAGAGCAGAUCAGCAAUGCAAGUGAAAAAGCUGAAUGUUCGAGGUGUGUGGAGAAGGUGUCAGCUCCAAGUUUUGGCUGUUUGAAGUGUGGGUUUUACCUCCAUAAGAAAUGUGCUGAGGCACCUUUGGAGAUCAGUCACCCUUUUCAUCGUGACCAUCCUCUUGCUCUUCUGCAAAGUCCACCAUCUUCUUAUUCAAGGUGCGUUUGCACCUUCUGUGGCGAAACAUGUAAGAGGUUCGUUUAUCAUUGCUCUUGCAAAUUGGACUUUCAUAUCAAAUGUGCUUUAUUUACAUAUAAUAUUGCUGAAAAAAAUUUGAAAGAACUUCAACAUGUUGCUCUUGAAGAUCCACCGAUUUCCCCUGAAAGUGAUAUCGGUGAAAAAUUAAAACAUGUUAGCAGGUGCUUUGCGUGUUGGCAACCAUUGAAAAAUUAUACCUACUUUUCUCUUGAUUGUGGAUUUAAUUUACAUAAGAAAUGUGCUGAGCUGCCUUUGGAAAUGAAUGAUAUGUGCCAUCGCAAACAUCCUCUUGUCCUACAAUUUAGUAAUGAACGGCUUUCUUGCAAGAUAUGCCAAGAAAAAACCCAACGAUUUGGAUUUUCCUAUUGUUGUUUAUCUUGUGAGUUCGUUGUUCACGUUGAAUGUGUACCACCAUCGUCUAUUGUUGAAGAUAAAAGUCAUCAACAUCCAUUCACUCUGGUUCGAAGACGAGUCCCGUUCAUUUGUGAUGCAUGUGCUACUAAAGGAAAUUAUGUUGCCUAUAUUUGUUGUACAUGCAACAUUAUAGUCCACAAAAAAUGUACUUCACUGCCGCGCGUCAUCAAAAGCAAGUGGCAUGAUCAUCUUCUUUUUCACACGUAUUUCCUUGAAGAAGAAGAAGCUUUUAAAAGUUUGGAUUGCUUAAUUUGUCAUGAAGAGGUCAAUACAGAGCUUGGCAAUUACUGUUGUUCAGAUUGCAAUAUUAUAUUCCAUGUGAAUUGUGUGACAGAGGACAAAGAUUCAUAUUUUAUGGUUUCACUCGAAAAUGAAGGUGAGAAAUCUAGUGAAAGUUUGGAACUUUUGCCUGAUAUAUCUAUUGAGUCUAUUACUUGUGUUUUUGAGAGGAACGAUGCUGGAGAAGCUACAAAAAUAGAACAUUUCAAGCAUAUUCAUAACUUGAUGUUAAGUGACAAAAUCACAGGAUGUGAUAAAAGUUGUGAUGGGUGCGUGUUACCAAUCUUGGAUUCAUUUUACUAUUGUUCACAAUGUGAUUUCUUUCUUCAUAAAGCUUGUGCUGAGUUACCUAAGAAGAAGCAUGUUUGGCAUCAUCAUUGUCGGCAACCUCUCAUCCUUAUAUCAGAUGACGCAUUUAGAUGUGAAUAUUGUGAUUUCAUAUCUAAUGGCUUUGCCUAUAAAUGUAAUGAAUGUGGGAGACAGACAUGCCUUCGAUGUGUGAUUGCUCUAUCUCCAGGUGCUCGAACAAGUCCAAAACAUGAGCAUCCUCUCCUUUAUUAUAUAGAGCAUGAAGUGCGGUGUAGUGCUUGUGGUGAAUACAUUUAUGGGGCAUUCUGUUGCAAGGAGUGCAAUUUUGCUUUACAUUGUGGAUGUUUUUCACUACCAACUACGGCUCGACACAAAUGCGAUGAACAUCUUCUUAUACUCACAAAUCAUGAUAGUAAUAAUUAUUCAGAAUGUUAUUAUUGUGACAUUUGUGAGAAAAGAAGAGAUCCAAAUCAUUGGUUUUACCAUUGUGCAACUUGUGAUAAAUCUGCUCAUAUCGACUGUGUUCUUGGAGAAUUUCCAUUUAUCAAAUUGGGGGGUAUCUACAAGUACGAGGAUCAUCCACACCCUCUCACUUUUGUUAACAAGAUUUAUUACUACCCUGACUGCAUUAGAUGUGGUGAGCCCUGUCAAGGUUUGGCUCUCGAAUGUGCGAAGUCUGGAUGCAACUAUAUUGUUCACUGGACAUGUAUGGCACCAUAUGGUCUAUGGUGGUCAAAUCGCUUCUGGAUAUAAGUCAGGAUGGAGCUGUUAAUGGUUUGGAAACUUGAAAACUACCACUUCAUUUGCAGGAAAUCUCAGGACUAGAAAACUGAGUACAGUCCUUGCCUUGUUCCUUGUAAUAAUGCUUGUCAUAUUUGUUUUUACUGUAAUUUGCUUCUUCUUUUUUUUCAAUAUUAAGUUAAAUUAAUGUAAUAAAUUCAUCUGAACUUGGAUUUGUGAAAUUGA